AUGUCCAUUAGUCCUCUCGAGGUUUCUUCAAUACCACGUGUGUCUGGGACCAAUUCAUCCACACCAGUCAUGAUUGAUAGCCCAAUAUUUGUAUGCCGUGACACCUGUGAUCCCACACAGGAGGACGGUGAAACACAACAAAGGGGAACCGAAGACACCAAUAGACAGCAAGGAGAUGCAGCUGUAGAUGAUAGUACAUUUCGAGUACCUAAAAGGAAUAAAACAUCUGAGGCAUGGGAAGACUUCGACGAUUUGGAAGAAAAUGGCAUAUAUUAUGCCAUAUGUAAACAUUGUAGCAAGAAACUAAAUCGAGGAAAAACUAAACAAACUAGCAGCAUGUGGAGGCAUCGAGAAAACUGUUCCGUUAGAAAAGCCAAGCUUAGAAAGGCCAAGCAGCAGACAAAGAUAAACUUUCAGCAGGCGGAUGAGCGUUUUCCAACUGUACCACCAUUGCACACGAGCAAAUUCUAUAUGGAAGCUAUGAGAGAGGCUGCUGCACAUUGGAUCUUGAUGCACGAGCACCCUUUCACAAUUUUGGAGGAAGAGGGUUUCAACCUAAUGAUGAAACGUGGGUGGUUGAAGUGGCAGAAGAUCUCACGCAUGACAGCUAAAAAAGAUUGUACACAGAUGUAUGAGAUAGAGAAAAAGAAGUUGAAGAACUUGCUGAGACAUGUACAAAAAGUGAGGUUGACCACUGAUAUGUGGAAAUCAAAGAAUCAAAAAAUUGAAUACAUUGUGGUGACCGGGCAUUGGAUUGAUGGAAAUUGGAAGCAUCAGAAGAGGGUGUUAAAUUUUGUUCAUAUCCGACCACCACGUCAAGGAAUUGAGAUUUCAAAUGCAGUUUUCAAGUGUGCAAAGGAAUGGGGAAUUGAGGGAAAAAUUCACACUAUUUCCGUAGACAAUGCCUCAAACAAUGAUAUGGCCGUGAGAUUGUUGAAAGAUGAUUUCAGUAGAUGCAAGAAGCUAUUGGGUGAAGGAAAACUAUUUCAUGUUAGUUGUUGCGGCCAUCUCUUUAACCUUAUGGUUCAAGAUGGCUUGAAGGAGAUAGUAGAUAUUUAUGAAAAUAUUAGAGAUAGUGUGGAUUUUGUGAACAAGUCUGAUGGUAGGGCAUUGCUAUUUGCAGAAAUUGGUCAACACCUGCAAAUUCCUGGAAAAAAAUUGCUCCAUGAUUGUAGGAUGAGAUGGAAUUCAACAUAUGAAAUGUUGAGUUGUGCUGUAAAAUAUAAGGAGGUUUUUCCUCGUUUUCAAGUUGAAGAGCCCCUUUAUGAGUCUUGUCCAUCUUCAGAUGAUUGGGAGAAAGUUGAGAAAGUUUGCACCAUUUUAGAGAAGUUCUACACAGCCACACACAUAAUUUCGGAGAGUGAGUAUCCAACUGGCAACCUAUUCCUCCUUGAGAUUCUAAAGGUGAAGAAACUCUUGGAUGCAUGA